AUGGCCCAAAGUGCGACCGCCCUCCCUUUUUACUCUUCUUCUGCCGCCGCCUCGCCUCUUCUGUCUUCUCCUCUUCCUCUUCUCCCGACCCCAACUCGACCUCGCUCGACUCCCAUCUCCCUCCCACCACCACAGUCGACCAUCGCAUCGACACAGGAGAAGAAGAAGAAGCACCGCCUGCCGUUCUCUCUCCCACCACCACUCGCUCGCUCGAGUGUCGUCUCAAGCCCUCGCCGCAAUGGACGCUCUCAAUGUCUUCGCGAAGCGCGUUCGUCUUCCCUCUCUCUCUCUCUCUCUCUCUCCCUCUCCCGUUGCCCUGACCCAGGCAAGACCCUCGCAAACGACCUGCAGAUGGAGCUAACAGAGCGCCUAUAG